UUACUCUUCUUCUCCGUGUGACGCUCUGCUUCGAGCUCUCCAAGCGUCAACACCCCCCACCCCUCCGCCUCCGCCGCAGCGGCAUGCCGCCGUUCGGGCGCUUCGACGUCGAGGUCACCGCCCGGACGCUGGUCCGGGCGUCGGACCCACCGCGGGGAUUCCCGGCCGUGCUCCCCGUCUCCAACCUCGACAUGAUCCUCGGCUCCUUCAACAUCUCCCUCAUCGUCAUGUACCCGAAGCCGGAGGCCGGGUUCGCCGCGGUGGCCGCCGCGGUGCGCGCCGCCUUGCCCGCGUUCCUCUCCCGCUUCUUCCCCUUCGCCGGCCGUGUGGUGGUGGAUGCGGUCACUGGUAUCCCCGAGGUCGCGUGUAAUAACGCCGGGGCCGAGCUUGUGGUGGCCGACGCCGGCGUGGCGCUCGCGGAUGUAGACUUCGCCGACGCUGAUCGAUCGUUCGGGGCUAUCCAGUUGCCGUACGAGCAAGGGGUCGCGCUUUCGUUGCAGCUCGUGCGGUUCAAGUGCGGCGGCUUCUCGAUGUCGUGGGGCACCAACCACCUGCUCGUCGACGGCCAUGGACUCACCUCGCUGCCCAACGCGUGGGCGGAGCUGCUCCGCACUGGCGGGCUCUCGUGGGAGCCACACCACGACCGGCGCUCCCUCUUCCGGCCGCGCUCCCCGCCGCGGUACAGCCCGUCGCUGGACGCCGAGUUCACGCGGUACGCGCCGGGCAACCUCGUCAACCCCCUCCUGGCCGCCGCCCUCGUGCGGCGCAACUACGUCGUCGACGCCGCCGACAUCGACCGCCUCCGCGCCGCGGCCAGCACCGCCGCCCGCCGCGCCACGCGACUCGAGGCCCUCUCCGCGCACGUGUGGAAGCUGCUCGCCGCGGCCGUGGGCGGCUCCGACACGCACUGCCGCUUCGCGUGGCUCGUCGACGGGCGGAGGCGCCUCGACCCGGCCAAGUACGACGCGGCCCGCGUGAGCAGCUACCUCGGCAACGUGGUGACCUACGCGUCGCGGGAGGCAGCGGUGGAGGCGAUCUCGUCCUCCCCGCUCGCCGACGUGGCGGCGAUGGCCGGCGCGGCUGUCGGCGAGGUGUUCCGGCAGGAGCGGUACGAGGAGCUGGUGGACUGGAUGGAGCUCCACAAGGCGGCGUUCAGGGAGGGCGGCAAGUGGACGGAGAAGGUGGGGCUGGGCACGGGGAGCCCGGCGGUGGUGGUGUCGGCGUUCGUGCCGUUCCGGGUGGAGGGGGACUUCGGGUUCGGCCGGCCGGCGCUGGUGAUGCCGUGGGUGCGGCCGGGGCGGAUGGCUUCGGCGGCGAUGACGGUGGUGCGGAGCCCCAGGGAGGACGGGUCAUGGGUGGUGACCGCCAGGCUGUGGCCGCGGCUCGCCGACGCCAUUGACGCGGACCCGGAUGCCGUGUUCAAGCCGGCCACGGCCGCGCGCCUCGGGUUCGCUCGCCGCGAGCCGGCCGGCGACGUGGCGCGCCAUGCGACGAGCCGCAUCUAAUCUCGCUAAGCUCAGUGUCCGACACGUGGAAAGUUCAUCUUAAAUAUAUUUUAGAGGAAAUUCACGUUAAUAAAUCAAGAGAAAAAUCGCGUGUGACAUUGUUUUGAUCGAGACCAAUCGAGUAGAAGUCACACACUUUAUCUUGACGAGAGCUGUUUUUUAUUUCAUUUUGAGACAAAAUUUUCUUUUCUCUUUUGAAUAGGACGCACAGAUGUUUUUUUUCGUUCAGUAGAAUUCAAAGACAACGAAGUGGUGUGAUGUGUUUGGUCUAAUUUUGUCUAAUGAUGUACGUUCCGCGCGAAGUAUUGAGAAGCAGUGUUACCAGCCUA